AUGUCUGCACCAAAUCCACAAGCUAAGCCUGGUUUAACCAUUCUCGCAUCAAAGAUUUCAAAACCAUAUAUCGAAGAUAUCGAAAGGGAAGUUCAAGAGUUAAAAUCAAUUAGACCAGAUGGGCCAGUGCUAGUUGGAUUUUUGGCAAAUAAUGACCCAGCUGCUGAAAUGUAUGCAAAUUGGACUAAAAAAACUUCGGAAUCUAUGGGGUUCAAAUAUGAAUUAAGAAGAAUCGACGAUAAAGACUUUUUAGAAGAAGCAAUCAUUGAAGCAAAUAACGAUGAUAAAGUUGAUGGGAUAAUGGUUUACUUCCCAGUGUUUGGUAAUGCCCAAGAUCAAUAUUUGCAACAAGUUGUAUCAAGAGACAAAGAUGUUGAGGGCUUAAACCAUGUUUAUUAUCAGAAUUUAUAUCAUAAUAUUAGAUAUUUAGAUGAUGAAAAAGACAAAAAGUUGAAAUCCAUUUUGCCAUGUACACCUUUGGCAGUGGUUAAAGUUAUGGAAUACUUAAAGCUAUAUAAUACAUUAUUGCCUAUGGGUAAUAGAAUGUAUGGUAAAAAAUGUGUGAUAAUUAAUAGAUCCGAAAUUGUAGGAAGACCUUUAGCUGCGUUACUUGCAAAUGAUGGCGCAACUGUUUUUUCAAUAGAUAUUGAUAAUAUCCAGAAAUUCACUCGUGGUGAAAAAUUAAAAUAUAAAAAGCAUCAUGUCGAAGAUUUAGGUAAGUUUUCGGAUGAAUUAUUAAAGGAAUGCUGUAAGGAUGCAGAUGUCAUAAUUACAGGUGUACCAGGCGACUCUUACAAGUUCCCGACUCAAUACAUUAAAGAUGGUGCUGUAUGUAUUAACUUUUCAUCUAAUAAAAACUUCAGUGAUGAAGUAAAGGAGAAGGCUUCAUUUUAUGUUCCAAGCACGGGUAAGGUAACGAUUGCAAUGUUAUUAAGAAACCUCUUGCGUUUAGUAAAAAACAGAGAAUAUAUAAAAGCUCACCCAGAAGCUGUAUAG